AUGAGACUUUUGAAUACAAUGAAUAUCAAAUGCACACAUGUGGAAGUGAAUUAUCAACAAUUGGAAAAAUUCCAAAAUCGUGAUGACAUUCAAAUGACACUUAAUAUGAUGAAUGACAAUCUUCUGUUAUUACAGUGUCACAUUCCAUGUAAUGUCUGUAACUUUGCAAAUUCAUGUUUUUAUCUAUAUGAAAAUUUAAGUGAAAUAAUUUUGCCAUCAACAUUGACUUCUAUUUGUGAAGAAGCUUUCUAUAACUGUGUUUCGCUUCACAACAUUCAAUUUCCAGAAAGUUUAAAAUCAAUUGGGUCUUUGGCUUUCAGUGGGUGUGGGUUGACUCAAGUUUCAAUACCAACAACAGUGACAUAUAUUGGAAAUACUGCAUUUUCAGAGUGUUACAAACUUAAAAACGCGUGUAUACCAGAAAGUGGUUUAGAGUGUUAUAUGUUGUUAUACUAUUGCUUCAAUUUAACAACAGUUAAUAUAUUAAAAAGUAACAAAAAGUGUUUUAAAAUCAAUGGGACAUUCAAUGGGUGUUAUUCUUUAAAGAAAAUUGCAAUACCAGAGAGUAUUGUUGCUCUUGAAAAAAGUUCAUUCAAAAAUUGCUCGUCUCUCAAUAAAAUAACAAUUGGAAAUUGCGUUGAAAAAAUCGGAAGUAACUGCUUUGGAAAUUGUGAACGACUUGAAUACGUUAAAAUACCAAAUUUAGUCACUUUAAUUGACACAUUGGCAUUCAAAAACUGCACAAAAUUAAGAAGAGUAACAUUCACAAAUCCAAUUAAAACUAUUUCUCCAACAGCUUUUGAAGAGUGCACAAAUUUGUGUGAAAUUUAUAUCGGAAUAGAAAAAAUCAAAAUUGUCGAAUUUCUAGUGUCGUACAAUGUUUCUUGUAUGCUUGAGAACAAAUCAAUGAUAUGCAAUAACAUUAUCUUUGUACAAAGUGAUAUUAAAAAGCAUUUAAAAUUGUACAAAGAAAACGGUAAAAAUAUUGGAGAAAUUCCCAAUAAAGUGGUUCGAUUAUCUGAACAGUGUUUUAGAACAUAUAAAGAGGUUGAUAUAAUCAAAGUGCCAAAAAGCGUGAAAAAAGUCGACGAUUUUUGUUUUUACAUGUCGGUACCAAUUGAGAACAUCAUUUUUGAAGAAAAAGAGUCGAUAAAAAUUAGCGAGUUGGCAUUUGGUUUUGAUAAUUGUUAA